AAUGCUCGAUUCAAGUUAAUUAAUGCGGUGACAUCCUUGGAAAAAGUGGAAAUAAUAAUAUUCGGAUCUAUUUUAUGUGUACAUAUAUAUGUAUUAUUUGUGGCAAAUUAUUUUGGACAGGACAUCAUAGAUAGCAGCAGUGGCAUGUGUCAAGCGACGUAUAAUGCACAGUGGUAUGCUGCGCCAUUAGGUAUACAAAAGUUGAUACUACUCAUAAUACAAAGAAGUAACAGAAGGUGUACUGUAUUAAUUGGAGGUUUAUUUGACGCGUCGUUAGAAGGUUUUAAUUCGCUCGUCAGUAUGUCUCUAUCCUAUGUUAUGGUACUUCAAUCCGUAGGAACACACAAAGAAAGUGAAAAGAAGUAAUAAUUACGUUUUAAAUAUCCGAGUCGUAGGUCUUGAAUAUGUACAGUA